AUGAUGGAGGAUAACGGUGCACAGUUCUUCGAGGGGACCGAGAAGCUGCUGGAGGUGUGGUUCUCUCGUCAGGACGAAACCAAAGGAACCGGGGACCUCCGCUCCAUCCCGAGGUUUGAGUGGGACAAACUUUUGGAAAAUGUGCAUUGUUUGAUCAUAAGUGUGACAAAGACUGACAAGCAGGAAGCUUAUAUACUCAGUGAGAGUAGCAUGUUUGUCUCCAAGAGACGUUUCAUUUUGAAGACAUGUGGAACCACCCUCUUACUGCAAGCACUGGUGCCUCUGCUGGAGCUGGCCAGGGAGUACAGUGGCUUCGACACCAUCGAGAAUUUCUUCUAUUCCCGUAAGAACUUCAUGAAGCCGGCCCACCAGGAGUUCCCUCAUCGCAACUUUCAGGAGGAAGUGGAUUUUCUCAGCCAAAUUUUCCCAAAUGGCGCAGCCUAUUGCAUGGGACGUUUGAACUCUGACUGCUGGUACCUGUUUACCCUGGAUCUGCCAGAGUACUGGGAGAACAAGCAGGCGGAUCAGACGCUGGAAGUUUUGAUGAGCGACCUCGACCCAGCUGUUAUGGACCAUUUCUUCAUGAGAGACGGUGUUUCCGCAAGUGAGGUCACUCGUAGGAGUGGAAUUCGUGACCUGGUACCAGGUUCGAUCAUCGACGCCACAAUGUUUAACCCUUGCGGAUACUCGAUGAAUGGAAUGAAGACUGACGGAACGUACUGGACCAUCCACAUCACUCCAGAGCCGGAGUUCUCCUAUGUCAGCUUUGAGACCAACCUCUCCCAGACGUGCUACGAUGAUCUGAUCAGGAAGGUGGUCGACGUGUUCAAGCCUGGAAAAUUUGUGACUACGCUUUUUGUCAAUCAGAGCUCCAAGUGUCGCAGUGUCUUCUCUUCCCCCCAGAAAGUCGAGGGCUACAAGCGCCUCGACCGCCAGCUGGCCCAAUUCAACGAUUACAAUUUUGUCUUUACAAGCUACGCCAAGAACCGCCAGCAGAGCUGAGGGUUCAGGAUGAAGAAGAGGCGCAAAAAGAAAGGCGGCCCCUCCGAGCGCCGCCCUGCCGCCGCCUCCUCCCCUCUCGCCGCCUGCCUGGCGUCUGCCCCCCUCGCCCUGAGUUUACCCCCCAGAUUGAGUUGUUUGCGUCGUCGUAACUGUGACUUAAGUCUCUUGCAUGAAAGCUCUUCUCUUUGUCGCGAUAUUCUAGCUCACUCUUGCUGUGAUCCUGAGGUGCAUGUGGAGGAAUUAAACGCGCUCCGCCGGAGGCCGCCCACCCGGGCGCUGUCCACCGGUCCCUUCCUGCAGGUCUCCCCCCUCAUCCCCCACAGACAAGGCUUCCGCCCGCACUAGAGCAGGGCCCUGACGUGCUCAGAUCGGUCAGCUUCUCUUGACCCGAACGCUCUUCCUGGUUUGCGAUGAGGAUCCCUCAUCCGUCCUAGAUCAGCGUUUCCAGAUGGUGACGGGCUGUGGAGAAAAGCCUGGAUGGCUCUGAGCUGACGGGCCAAUGCCCGCUGCUGACGGCUGGUUUUUCCGCUCCUUGCAGAAGUGCCAGCCGUCCCCGUCUGUCUGCUCUGAAUGGAACCAGACAGGUUUUGCUUAGCUGUCCAGCAGAGCGUUUUGUUCUUCUCUCUUUUCUCUCAUACAGUCCAUCCUUUGUCUCUUUCUGGCCCACACAGAAAUCUAAAGGCACAAUAGAGGCCCAUCGGUCUGAGCACGCCAGGGUGAACCCGGAUCAUUCCACAUGUUACUAAACUGCCGUUUUAUUACCCCCUCCUCCUCCACCAAUUGAAAACAGGACUUCCUAGCAGUUUUUUUAGAUCGUUUUUUUGUGUCCAUUAUGAGGGGGACACCGUGUGACACCGUGGUGCAUGUGACUUCUAGUGCCGUGUUGCUUGACAGCGUAGCGCCACCUCUUCCUCGUUGGUCUGUGCGCUUCACCUUCCUCUGCUGCACCCAACAGGGGAGGAACAUCCAUUUGAAGUUUUAGUCUAGAUGUUUUUCAAGGGUUUAGUUAAGCUGUAAUUAAUCUCAAAGCCUCUUUUUUUUCUUUUUCUCAUUUGGGAUUAAGUACAUCUUAACGCUACUAUUUGGGGAUCAUUGCCACUUUUUUUUUUUUUAUACAGUGAGGUCAAUGCAUUGUUGCAGUUAAAUAAUUUGUGAAUUUUAUACAAAGCAUUUUGUAUUUUCUGCUGCGGACCAAUUUAUUUCCUAUUUCGUGUCCAAAUGUUAAAGCGGUUUCCCCCCAUACCUUCUGUUCUGAAGUAGAGGGGUGACUUUAUUUUUUAUUUUCUGCCCUGCUUAAGAAGGUGGGAGGAAGAGGGUGAUGUUAUCCAGAUCUGUUGGGAUGUACUGAAGGAGCCAUUUUGCUGUUCUAAUUUCUUUUGCUGUUCUUUGGAUGGUCAAGAUGUGCUAAAUAUAUCUGUGCUUUGAGCUUGAUGCAUUAAUAAAAGAUAUUUACCUGUUAA